UGUUUGCACAUUUAAGUGGCUGUGGUCAGGUUAACGUUAAUGGGGAAAUUCGUAAGAAGGGAGAUAGACGUCGACGCAACACCGACUCUCAAGUGUUAGCCGGUUUCAUUUGGCGUUCAACGAGGAGCAGAGAGAUCAUUGUGACAUUGGAUUUAGCAAAUUUAGGGUCAAUGUCAGCGCUGGUGUUGUACUAAAUAUGAAACAGUCAGGUAAACGGUUGUGUACGACUACAUAGUUAUGGCAGCCGAGUGUUUAAUCCGGGGUUGAAUGAGCUGCUAGCUAGCAGUUAAAAUAGCUUCAGUGACUUUUGAACCUCUCAACUGUCUCCAAAGUUUCCGUCUGUGUAAUCUGCAGAUAAUAUUAUAAGCGUAAAUAUAAAUACUCUCAUCCCGUGUAAUACAGAGAACUUGAUUAACCCGAUAAACAGUCCAUGCAACAAAGUAUAUGUACUAAAAGACAGGGUCGUUGAACACAGGAGACCUAAAACAACCAGUAUAAAGACAUGUUUCAUUCAUUAGCGUUAGUUCAUCUGUAACGUUAUUGAUCAAGUCUAUGUGGGACUCAGAGAUGAUGACAGUAACGUGAAUUUCUCCGCCGUCAUGCUUCCUCGGAUGGGUAAACAGUUUCUCGUCCGGAUGCAGUUCAACUGGCGGCCGCUGUUCCAGGGCCGAACCCUGCUGCUCACAAACACCCUGAGCGGAGGAGUACUGUUGGCACUGGGAGACAUCGUGCAGCAGAGCCGGGAGAACUUAAAAAAGCCGGGCAGAGUACGAGACUGGAGGAGAACAGGUUGCAUGUUUACGGUGGGCUGCUCCUUAGGUCCUGUGCUGCAAUACUGGUACAUCUGGCUGGAUGGAGUGUUCGUGGGCAAAGCUCUGAAAACGGUGUGCAAGAAGGUUCUGGUGGACCAGGUGGUCGCCUCACCGUUUUUGGGGAUGUGGUAUUUUUUAGGUAUGGGUCUCAUGGAGGGACACACGUUAUCCGAAGGAUGGAACGAUUUUACGAGCAAGUUCUGGGAAUUUUACAAGGCGGACUGUUGUGUUUGGCCUCCCGCUCAGAUGAUCAACUUUUACUUCCUCUCGCCCAAAUUCCGUGUUGUGUACAUGAACUUUAUCACCGUAGGGUGGGAUGUCUACCUUUCCUACCUCAAACACAGAGAUGACAGCCAACCCACUGAGCAGCUUUCAGACAGCAGUGCUGUGGAUGUUCAGCAGGAAGCGCUCCCAUCGACCAAACCUCUGGAGGAGGAAGCUUAGACACCGAGUUCAUGCUCAAGUGGGAAGUCGUUCAUCGGAGGCAAAAGAACAUUUUGCUGUUUUUAUAGUGCGUCUGUAUAUUUAUAUCUGAAACGUGCACUCCUAGAGGAACAUUCAGGGAUGAAAAGUUGUUUCACUGCCUCUCAUGCUUAUAUCUCUUGCAUCACUGUAACUGCUGCCUUUAACACAACCUUCCCCAAAGCAUUUAAAUGUAAGUUAGUUAGUGCACGUUUUUAUUGUGAAACUACACGAUUUAAACUGUCCAAUAUCCACAGAGUGGCAUUCCUGUUAUUUUGUUGCUGUUUCUGGUAUAAAAUGAAAAAAAUCAGAAUUGAUGUGAAACAGCUAUGUUUUUAUCUCUAAUAUUAAGUUGUAUAAACGUUGCCUUAAUGUGUAGAUCCGUUCUGUUUUGAUGCCAAAUAAGAUUGUCUUCAGUUUAUCCCUUUGAGGUAUUUAUGAAAGAAAUGCAUGAUUGAUUACGUGCUUAAAGAAAAUCUAUUACGGUAUAAUUAUUUAAUAUCGCAUGUUUUAUUUUUUAUAUCAGACUGAAUCAUCAGCUCCUUGAUUGAAGACAGACUGAAGAAAUUACUUAUUUUUAAACGGCAAAAGUUUUAUACUUUUGUUUUAAAUGUGACAUAAUAUACCACCUUCUGUAUGUCUCCAGCUGCUAUUUUAUUUAACAUCUAAAUAUAAAAAAUGCUGUCUAAAAACCGAA